AGGAGCUUCUUUAUGACUAUAGUGUGUCUGAUCUACCAUGGAAGGAAAAGAAAGCCAAUGAGUCCAUGUCAACUGCUGACAGUGAAGAGCCAGGCAGUCUGACCCAUGAUAGGAGGGAGCCAAGUGAAGAGCCAGCCAGUCUGACCCAUGAUAGGAGGGAGCCAAGUGAAGAGCCAGCCAGUCUGACCCAUGAGUCCAUGUCAACUGCUGACAGUGAAGAGCCAGGCAGUCUGACCCAUGAUAGGAGGGAGCCAAGUGAAGAGCCAGCCAGUCUGACCCAUGAUAGAAGGGAGCCAAGUGAAGAGCCAGCCAGUCUGACCCAUGAGUCCAUGUCAACUGCUGACAGUGAAGAGCCAGGCAGUGUGACCCAUGAUAGGAGGGAGCCAAGUGAAGAGCCAGCCAGUCUGAGCCAUGAUAGAAGGGAGCCAAAUCCUCAAGAGUCCAUGUCAACUGCUGACAGUGAAGAGCCAGGCAGUCUGACCCAUGAUAGGAGGGAGCCAAGUGAAGAGCCAGCCAGUCUGAGCCAUGAUAGGAGGAAGCCAAGUGAAGAGCCAGCCAGUCUGACCCAUGAGUCCAUGUCAACUGCUGACAGUGAAGAGCCAGGCAGUCUGACCCAUGAUAGGAGGGAGCCAAGUGAAGAGCCAGCCAGUCUGACCCAUGAUAGGAGGGAGCCAAGUGAAGAGCCAGCCAGUCUGACCCAUGAGUCCAUGUCAACUGCUGCCAGUGAAGGGCCAGCCAGUCUGACCCAUGAUGAAAUGAGGCAGCCAAAUCCUCAAGGUAUGAACUAAAUUUGAAGACGGGUUUCUCUGCAUUUUCUAUCAUUAUGUGACAGAGUCUUAUGUCAUGACUGUAUUAAAGUAAAUGAGUAGUCCAAGU